AUGAUAAAACAUUGUAUUAAUAUUCAAUCGGAAAAAUUAGGAUUUAAAAAUAAACUCCAUUUUUAUCAAAAGACAAUGUUCUAUAAAGGUAAAUCAAAUUUAAUAUUUAAUUGGAAAAAAAAUGUUUAA